GAUCAUGGCGUUGGUUGAGCGGUGGCGUCCGGAGACGCACACGUUCCACUUACCCCAUGGAGAAAUGGGUAUCACCUUGCAAGAUAUGGAGGUGAUGCUGGGGCUUCCGGUGGAUGGGUUGCCUGUCACUGGGAAGACAGACUACAAAUGGAGUGAGCUGUGCGAACAGUUGUUGGGCCAUAAACCUCCACCCCCGAUACCAAACUCAAACAAGUCUACCCUUGCUGGGGCGAGGAUAAGAUACACCUGGCUUGAUGCACAGUUUGCCGAUCCCUUAGUUGUGGACGCUGCUGACGAAGUCGUGCAGCAACAUGCCCGCUACCACCUACUUGUACGGAUGGGGGCCCUCUUGUUCAUGGACAGGUCUGCGGAUCGGGUCUCACUGCUGCCUCUGCAGUUGCUCAACCCAGUCAGCAAUGCGAGACGGUAUAGCUGGGGUAGUGCAGCAUUGGCCUGGCUGUAUAGGCAACUUUGUGGUGCAUCGAAGAAGGAUGCGAUGCAGAUUGGAGGAGCACUCUUGUUGGUGCAGCUAUGGGCCUAUUCAAGGUUCCCACAAUUAUGCCCUGUUGUGAGGCCGCCUCUACCGCCAGUGCACUCAGGGCCCCUUGCCAUUAGGUGGAGCGGGCCAAAAUGCACCGCAGAGCAUGCCACACACGUCCUUGCUGCGUACCGGGCGUCACUGGCUACAGUACGGGCCGAGCAGGUUCGGACGAUGAUUAGGUCUAUACAGAGGUGCGAUGAAGGUUCUGACAUGCACACUGACCUUACAUUUACACUAGAGCUUGUGGAGGAGCUAGGCCGACUUAAAUUGGCGAAUGCGCUUGCAGAAGCAGUUGACAUUGAUACACAGGCCCCAGUUCGUGGCGGGCAACGUGGUGGGUCUCGUGGAGGUGGACAUCGUGGAGGUGGUCAAGCUGGUCGCAGCCGUACAACCGAGUCGGCUCCCAUCUACGAGGAAGGGAAUGAGGAGGGUGUAGAAGAGGCAUGGCUUGGCACUGAUUGGGUACUGUCUGAUGACGACGGCAGGACACCGCGAUGCACGCCUGGCGAUGGUGCUGGGCCAUCCCAUAGCGUCGAUCAUCAGGGCACUGUUCCAGCCCACACUACAUCCCAUGGUGCUAGCACGGACUUUGAGGGCCCUCCUUGUAUGUCGCCCCCAGUUUUCAGUGGAUCUGCCCAUGAUGGUGGAUGCAUAUUUGUCCCCACACCAGGCAUGCCCACCCCACCUCUAGUGCAUGUGGACCCCACCAUGUCAGCUCCAUCUCAAACCGCCCACGGAGAGGCUGUACAGAUUGAGCAGAUACCGGCUGAGGACAUUGAGCCGGUGGAGGCUUUGCGGAGAUCGCGACGCCCGCGUGCGCAUGCUCCCGAUUGCGGGACCGGUGAUGGUAAGAUUAGACCUGUCAGGGCAUAUGGGCGGAAACGAAAAGAUCAUUAAAUGCCUUAGUGUAUGCUUAUACUUCCUGCCUAUAGGUGACUGCAUAGUUACGUUUCACUUUUCUUCUAAAGUCGUAUUUUUUUUUUUAGACCUAACUGCAAUGGUGGACACGAAAAGGCCAUUGAGCUGGAUUGUCCUUGUGUGCUUAUUCUUCAUGUGUAUAGGUGACUGGAAUAAGCAUGCAAAAUGUUCUACUAAUUGGGGAGAAUCUUGGUGGCUGUGCAUCUAUUUCUGGAUCAUUGCUUGGGGAGAAUACUGGCUGUCAAUGUGUUUGUUGUCAAGAAAUUGAUAUUUUGGAGAAAACCCAUAAGGCGUAUUGUAUUUAUUGAUGUAUUAGGAAGUUUUUCUGCACUUGGAGUUUUGAUUGCAAUUUGACAAAUGUCUGGAUUGGUAUUCAUUUGAAGCCAAACUUUCUUGUGUUUUUGUAUGUUGUUAGCUACAGUAAAGUGGGUUGUAAGAGAGUAAUUUGUUUUUUUAUUUUUGUUAUUUUUGUGAGAAACAAAUGUGUGGUAUUGUUGAUAAGCAAGAAGAAGUAAUUUGAUACUUUCUGUAAAAGAGUUUGAUGACGAAGUUUAUGCGGAUCAAUGGCAGAACCAACUCCUUUGUAGCAAAUCAUUUAUCCGAGUCUCUACAAUGCUUGGCUAGCACAUUAAGACGUUGGAGAAGUGGCCAACCUUCAGAAUCCUGGGAGGCUCAUAAGGCAGCAAUCCAAGCACUCAUAAAGCUGCCUUCAGGCGAGCUUGUUACAGGUUCAAGUGAUACAACUUUAAAACUUUGGAGAGGAAGCAAAUGUACACAUACUUUUGUUGGGCAUACAGAUCAAAUAUAGGCUGAUGCACUUGUUCUGAGGGGGAUCAGUUGCACAUUUGAGGAAGGGCACAAAAUACGUAUUGUUGGCAGAAUUGGCAGUGGCAAGACCACUCUCAUAGAGAUGAACCUGUUUUGUCCAGUGGAGCUAGCUAGAGGGAAGAUAUAGUAAUGUAUCUAUUGAAACCUGUAGUAUUCCAUGUAAUGUUCACUUUUUACGUAACUUUUAAAUUUUAAGUGUUCAUUUUUUUUCUAAUUCAGAAUAA